AUGUUUUUUCGAAAGGCUGCACGUGUUGGAGGUCUAGUGGCUGUCGCUAGCGGCUCGUUUUUGCUAGGAACUCGUUACGGAAAUGAACCGCCGUUGAAGAACGUGAACGCCGCAACUGCUGUGACCGUUAGUAAAUUAUUACUUACACUAAUGUUCAGCGCCGUGCAGGAAAAACAUGAUAUCGGUCCGUCCCGAGCAUCGGAGAUAAUGCGCUACGGUUUUCCGGGCUUCGAUAAUCUGAGGACAUUCGAGGAUUUUGUGCUGUCCUACGAUCGCAAGACGAGAACUGCUCACUGGGUUUGUGAACAUCUGACACCAUCGAGUCUCAAGUAUGAUCCUUCUGUUGAUCGUUCGAAAUGUGAAUUCCGUCCGGAUGAAAGUGUUCACAAAUAUUUUCAGUCCGAAAAUUCUGACUACAGAGGUAGUGGAUAUGACAGGGGGCAUUUGGCAGCUGCUGGAAAUCAUCGUAAAACCCAAAACUCAGUUGACCAGACGUUUCUGCUGUCGAAUAUGAGCCCACAAGUCGGGAAAGGUUUCAAUCGUGACAAGUGGAAUGAUUUGGAGCGCUACGUUGCACAUAGAAGUUUAAAUACGUAUAUUCUGACGGGACCUCUCUAUCUUCCUCACAAGGCGGAAGACGGGAAUAAUUAUGUUAGAUAUAAGGUAAUUGGCACGAAUAACGUUGCUGUACCUACUCACUUCUUCAAAGUAAUCCUUGCUGAAGUAUCACCGAACAGUUUCGAAAUGGAAUGUUUUGUCCUUCCGAAUCAGGUCAUCCCGGACUCCACAGAGUUAAGCACGUUCUACGUUCCAUUAGAAAUGAUUGAAAGGUCUGGCGGGUUUCUUAUUUUUGACAAAUUACCCAGAGAUAAAUUGAAAAAAGUGAACGGGAAGAAGACUGGUGGUUUUUGGUAA